UAAGUCCUAUUCAAAAAAACGUUACGUCAUUACAACCCUUCAUUUUCUACAUUUAUUUAUGAAUUUUAAGUUUUUUUUCGAACCAUGUAGGCGGGGCCUGAGAAGAAGAAGGUCUCGAUCCUCAAGGUCAUUAAACAUUGUUGGACAAAGCACGACGAUGAGUCGGAAGCCUAUCUGCCACCCCGCCUCGCCGAAAUCGAAACGAAGUACAACACAAAUGUUGAGAAGAAGCAGGCGGAAUUAGGCUUGACCCAGGAGGAUGAGAUCGAUUCUGAUGUGGAAGAUGAUGCGAUCCUUGAGGCAGCUGGAGUGUACAAGGGUCGGGUUCCGUGCAUGGGGGCUGAGGGGCAACGGAUUUUGUAUGACCGCACCACCGGAGCUUCAUCUUCUCGAUCAGGGCGGGGAGAGGAUCCACGCAUCGCCCAAAUGAAACGAGAAUUGGAGGAGCAGCAGCGGGCAUUAGAGCAGCAACGGAAGAAGGAUGAAGAAACAAGAGCCCGGCUGGAAGCGAUGGAGUGGAUCUUAAACGCCGGAUAUCAGCCUCAUCCUCGGCCGUACAUAUUUCACCCCGAGCAGACUCCUCAAGUUCCGCACAUAGGCAACAUGGGUUAUCAUUCUAACUCCGGAUAUAGUAGCAUGCCUAUGAUGGAUCCGACAUUCGGAUCUUUGUCGUAUGGUUUCUUGAAUCAAUUUCAGUCAUCCGGAGGAUCAAGCCAUGAAGCGAACCGAGGAGGUACCCGAGGAGGCAACCGAGGAUGCAGCCGAGGAGGAACCUGUCCCGAAGACACCGUGGAGCCCGAAG